AUGGUCUCAAUGUCGGCCCUGCGGCACGGGCUUGGGGUCCUCUAUCUUGCUAGCUGGCUGGGGUCGUCGCUGGCUGCCAGCACCGAGCAAUGGAAGUCCCGGUCAAUCUAUCAGACCAUGACGGAUCGGUUCGCGCGCACUGAUGGCUCAACCACCUCCCCCUGCAACACCACGGAGGGUCUGUACUGUGGUGGUACCUGGCGCGGCAUGAUCAACCAUCUGGAUUACAUCCAGGGGAUGGGCUUUGAUGCCGUCAUGAUCUCCCCUAUCAUCGAGAACGUCGAAGGUCGCGUGGAGUACGGAGAAGCCUAUCACGGCUAUUGGCCCGUGGAUCUGUACUCCCUCAACUCGCACUUUGGAACCCACCAGGAUCUACUGGACCUGAGUGAUGCCCUGCAUGCUCGCGACAUGUAUCUGAUGAUGGACACAGUCAUCAACAACAUGGCCUACAUCACCAAUGGCUCCGACCCCGCCACCCACAUCGACUACUCAACCCUGACCCCCUUCAAUAGCUCGUCUUACUACCAUCCCUACUGUAAGAUCACCGACUGGAAUAACUUCACCAAUGCCCAGCUGUGCCAAACCGGUGACAACAUCGUGGCCUUGCCCGAUCUGUAUACCGAGCAUGCCGAGGUGCAAGAAACCCUGAGCAACUGGGCCAAGGAAGUCAUCUCCACCUAUUCCAUCGACGGCCUCCGCAUCGAUGCCGCAAAACAUGUGAACCCCGGCUUCCUGAAGAAUUUCGGCGAUGCGCUUGAUAUCUUCAUGACCGGCGAAGUGCUGCAGCAAGAGGUCAGCACAAUCUGCGAUUAUCAGAACAACUACAUCGGCAGUCUCCCGAAUUACCCCGUCUACUACGCCAUGUUGAAGGCCUUUACCUUGGGCAACACCAGCGCCCUGGCCACUCAGGUCCAGUCGAUGAAGAAUUCCUGUAAUGAUGUGACCGCCUUGUCGUCAUUCUCCGAAAACCACGAUGUCGCACGAUUUGCCAGCAUGACCCAUGACAUGGCUCUCGCGAAGAAUAUUCUCACAUUCACUCUUCUCUUCGACGGUGUUCCCAUGAUCUAUCAAGGUCAAGAGCAGCAUCUCGACGGCCCUGGCAGUCCGGAAAACCGAGAAGCGAUAUGGCUCUCUGAGUACAACACCGACGCCGAGCUCUACAAGUUGAUCGGCAAGUUGAACGCCAUCCGGAAGCACGCCUACCGACUCGACAAUCACUACCCCGAUGUCGAGACGUACCCCAUCUUCGAAGGUGGCAGUGAACUGGGAUUCCGCAAGGGAAUCGAAGGUCGACAGGUGGUCAUGCUUCUGUCCACGCAAGGCACGAACAGCAGCGCUUACAACCUCUCGAUGCCGGUGAGUUUCACGGGUGGCACAGUAGUGACCGAGAUUCUGAACUGCGUCAACUACACGGUCAACACCCAGAGCGAACUCGUGGUUCCGAUGGAUAAAGGAGAGCCGCGCGUGUUCUUCCCGGCGGAUCUGAUGCCCGGCAGUGGGCUGUGCGGACUUCCUGUCGCGAAUGUCACCUAUGCUGCCUUGAGGACGCAGGGUGCAGCGGCGGCGGAGGCUGCCUUGUCGCUAGGUAUCAAGACUGAUGCAGCUUCUAGUGCUUUGCUUUCUCUGGGGCUGUCUGUGGUGGCGGGUCUGAUUGUGGGGAUGUGGUAA